UUUUCUAGCUAGUCGUUUGUUCUCUGCUUUUUUUCCCUGCCUUCCCUCCUCCUGUCCCUCCCUCUGUCUCUCACUCGCUUGUUCACUCCCUCUGUCUUUUUCGGAGUGCUGGAUAUUUACGCUCACUCUGACCACCAGCAGAAAGAGAAGAUCAGCAGUGCAGAGCAGCUCUUGUACGUAAACUGCUUCUACUUUGUGAGCAGCCAGAGAGGAGUAGCUGGAUUGGAAGCGCUUCUCAUUCCCGUUUUAAAGUGCGCAUGUUUGUGAAUUUGGAAGCCUCUUUAUCAAGCUGAAAGAACUACGUGGGCUCUUCAUGGCAAAUUUUUCAAUGUCUAACUACAAGCGUGCGACCUUUGAGGAGGAAGACGGGUCCGACAUUCCGGCUGAUGGAGCCAUUUCUCCUGACAGCGUGGAGGUGGGUUUCCGGAAAGGUGGGAUCCAGUUGUGUGGUGGAUUAGGACGCAGGACUCAGCUGGAGAUAGUGUUGGCUGCUUUACUCAUGGCCUCUGUGUUAUCACUUUUUGCAUGUGCUGUUACCCUCGGAGUUCAUUACAAAAAUGAUCCGUCGUGUAGUCUGUGUCUAACGGAGGCGUGUGUGACAGUGGCCAGUAAGAUAGUGGAGUCUCUGGACCGCACAGUUGACCCGUGUCAGGAUUUCUACCAGUAUGCAUGCGGUGGCUGGAUUCGCAAAAACCCCCUUCCUGAUGGACGCUCACGUUGGAGCACCUUCAACAGCAUCUGGGACCAGAACCAGGCCAUGCUCAAACAUCUACUGGAGAAUGGCACCUUUAACUCAAGUAGUGAAGCAGAGAAAAAAGCUCAGUUCUACUACUUGUCCUGUCUGAAUGAGCAGCGUAUCGAGGAGCUGGGAGCCCAGCCACUCAUCGACCUCAUCACUAAGACUGGGGGAUGGAACAUCACUGAGCCAUGGGAAAAGGAUAACUUCAUGGAGGUGCUGAAGACGGUCUCAGGCCCAUACAGAGCCCAGCCUUUUUUCACUGUGGGGGUCAGCGUGGACCCUAAAAACUCCAACAGCAACAUAAUUCAGGUUGAUCAAUCCGGGCUCUUCCUUCCUUCCCGGGAUUAUUACCUCAAUAAGACUAAUGAGAAGGUUUUAAAGGCAUAUCUGGACUACAUGGUGGAGCUUGGGUUGUUGCUGGGAGGAGAUAAAAACUCCACUCAGAGUCAGAUGCAGCAGAUUCUGGACUUUGAGACUGCACUGGCCAACAUCACUGUGCCCCAGGACGAACGCAGGGACGAGGAGAAAAUCUACCACAAAAUCACCAUCGCUGAGCUACAGGCACUUGCACCUGCUGUGGAUUGGCUGGACUACCUGACCUCUGCCCUUUCACCCCUGGAGCUGAAUGAUACAGAGCCUGUGGUUGUGUAUGCCAAGGAAUACCUGCAGCAGGUCUCAGACCUCAUCAACAAGACUGACCGCAAUUUGCUGAAUAACUACAUGAUUUGGAAUCUGGUGCAGAAAGGAGCGUCAAGUCUCGACCAGCGUUUCGAGAAUGCCCAGGACAAACUACUGGAGAGUCUAUAUGGCACCAAAAAGUCAUGCACUCCUCGCUGGCAGACCUGCAUUGGAAACACAGAUGACACUCUGGGUUUUGCUCUGGGCGCACUGUUUGUUAAAGCCACCUUUGACAAACACAGCAAAGAGAUUGCUGAGGGUAUGAUCAAUGAGAUACGAACUGCUUUUAAAGACGCUUUGGACAACCUCAGUUGGAUGGAUGAACAGACACGACAAGCUGCCAAGGACAAGGCUGAUGCCAUCUAUGACAUGAUCGGUUUCCCAGACUUCAUCCUGGACCCCAAGGAGCUGGAUGAAGUAUAUGAUGGGUAUGAAGUCUCGGAGGACAACUUUUUCCAGAAUAUGCUCAACUUCUACAACUUCUCAGCCAGAGUGAUGGCAGACCAGCUGCGCAAACCUCCAAACAAAGACCAAUGGAGCAUGACUCCUCCUACAGUAAAUGCAUACUACAUGCCCACCAAGAACGGCAUCGUGUUCCCUGCUGGAAUCCUACAGGCUCCGUUCUAUGCCCGGGACCACCCCAAAGCACUAAACUUUGGGGGCAUUGGUGUGGUCAUGGGACAUGAGCUUACUCACGCUUUUGAUGACCAGGGCAGAGAGUAUGAUAAGGACGGGAACCUUAGGCCGUGGUGGCAGAACUCUUCAGUAGACGCUUUUAAGAACCGCACAGAGUGCAUGGUGGAUCAGUACACGCAGUACACCAUCAAUGGAGAGCACAUAAAUGGAAAACAAACCCUGGGAGAGAACAUUGCAGACAAUGGAGGCUUAAAGGCUGCCUAUCAUGCUUACAGUUCAUGGGUUAGGAAGAAUGGGAAGGAGAAAAGACUCCCAGCAGUCAAUCUGACCAAUGACCAGCUCUUCUUUGUGGGGUUUGCACAGGUUUGGUGUUCUGUACGGACACCAGAGAGUGCUCACGAGGGCUUAAUGACUGAUCCUCACAGUCCACCCAAAUACCGAGUCAUUGGCACACUGUCUAACUCUCCUGAAUUUGCGCAGCAUUUCCAUUGUCCGCUGGGCUCACCCAUGAACUCAGGCCACCGCUGUGAGGUGUGGUAAGAGCAGAAAAAAACGAGCCCACUGGUAUGCUUCGCCUCCACCAGUAAGGCGGAUAGACUAUACCCUUUCUCAAGCACUGGACUACUACUACUUCUUCUUUACAUUUUUCUUGUAGAAUAUGAAAUGUUGCUGGAUAUGACAGUGAUUUUUGAUGGGUAGUGCCACAGCCAGGAGGAUACACAGUGUGUCAGCCAUUGUUUGUUUGUCCAGCAACUGAUGUCUCACUCCCCUUCUGCACGGCCAAAAAAGUCCACAUGGGGCUGUCCUAUUUAUUAUUUGCUGCACUUGAACUUAAGUGGGAUAUAAUGUCAUGGGUGAAGAAGUUUUCUACGCUUGUGUGGGGUUUUUUUUUUUUUGUGCUUCAGCUGGACAAACCUCAUUCUCACAGAAGUUAAAAAAAAGCCCUGUGAUGUCAGAGAGAGUUCCUUAUCUCACUGUGACCUCACAGGAAGUGCCAUACUCUCUCAGUAACUUCACAGGAAGCAUUAGGAAAGGGAACUGCUGAGCUUCAUCUGGCUUGGAGCCCACGGGAAGGAAAUGACCUCAUGCUUCUAUGUAUUAUGAUUUCACCAGGUGGCUUACAGCUGGUGGUUACUUUGUAAUUGAGGAAGGCCACUACUCCAUCAACCGACCUGUGUAUUAUUGUCAUUCGCUUAUUUACAUGCUGACAAAGUUGAAGUGACCUGGUUGUUUAAAACUGCUCUUUGCCAAAGAAUGGUUGGGAUUUUUUUUUGUUCUAUGUGUUCUGUAUGAAUGUGGAGAAAAUCUUUGCUCUACAGUGAUCAUGAGGUGUGUGUCUGUGAAGUUUCUCAUUUUGUGUUCAACUUUUAAUGAUGUCUCACCUGCUAAUUAAUUUCAAAGCAUUAUAAACUUUUAUUUUGAGAACCACUAAAGGAAAGGUGAAGCUCCACCUCUGAUGCUUUUCCAGCCUUCCUUGACCAUGUUUCAGGCUGCAUGAGUGAAGUGUAGAGUGCAGGUUAGAUCAACCCAUGAAUUGCUGCUGAGUGCUUUUCCGUCUCUGAUGUACAGUUUGAAUUCUAUGAGCAUCUUUAGUUUUAUAGUGAAGGGCAGUGCUUCACCAUACAAUAUUAACAUGGUUAACAAGCUUGUGAGGAUGAAUUCCCAUUAUCAUGAAUUACCAGCGAUUUGUCAUUCUAACUGGUCUUUUUAAGAAUGCAUAUUAACAGUUUUAGGAUUUCAGUUGGAGUAUUGCUUUAAAGGUGCAGUCAGUAAUUUAGCUGGUGUUAAUCUGAAUGUUGGGUUCGUGAACUGAUGAGCAACAAAAAAGGAAAAACCUUUUGGUUUUCCAUUUACAGAAUCAUGGCAGCCAGAGACUGGAGCAGAUAUUGUAUUAUAUAAUCCUUUUGACAAAAAUGACAGUGACCCCUGACUCCACUUUUAAUGGCAUUAUGUUUCAGAAGUACAUAGACUGAUCAGCCCCGGUCUCAUGGCAUAUAAACGAGAAUGUCACUAGCCACCGUUCCACCACCUCUUCCGCCCAAAGAAAACUGACAGUUUGUUUUGAAGCUGCUGAUGUAUGACUUUCUAGCUUCGUCAUACUAUGAAAAAUUAGCGCUAUGCCACUGAAUUGUUUGAGCCUGAUAAUCAUAUAAUCCUCACGUUGUGUCUGGUACAGCAGUUGCUGUGCUGUUUCGUCUGUUGAAGUUUUGUUUCAUUCUCCAUCCUUCAUUCAAGCAUGAAGCUAGGAUUGUAAAAACUGUUCAGCUGUUCUGUCUAACUGGGAGAGGAUUCAUGUCACUCCACCUGCCUUAUAAUGCACUUCGGCUGCAGUGUCCGUCUCAGUGUCGGUAGUUCCUGAGUCAGUCAGCCUCUUCAUGACCGAUCUGGAAUCUCAGGCUACUAUUUUGUCAUGUUGCACCUCCAUUGUUGUGUGCUUAAUGAAACCCCAUUCAUAUAGUCCUGUUGUCUGUAUUUGUAGGCGUGUUUUUGCCUAAAUAACAAUCUCUCUGAGCUCUCUUUUUGCUGAUCUUCUCUAGCUGGGGUUUAAGCUUCACAGUAGUGAAUUUGUGGUUACCCUUAAAUAUCUAAAGAGUAAAAUAUAGGAAUGUAUACAUGAUAUCUAAAUGGAAGCUUGGAACAAUGGAACUUUGAAGAGUGAAUAGAUGGAAGUGCUCUCUAUUGACCUACAUGUGUGCUUUACCAGCCAGUUGUGUAAAACAGAUUAUUACAGAUUUAUUUGAAAGAUUAUGCAGGGUUUAGUUUACUGAAGCUCCCGGUAAAUGAAAGACAACCACCUGGCAAAAAAUAUGGAAUCGCCACUUUUUUCUUCUUCUUCUUCUUUUUUUUUUUUUUUUUUUUUUUUUAAACUUUGUAGCAAAUAAAAAAAAAACGCACAUAGCGAAACAUUCUGGCUUCAUGAGAUGUAUCUCAAACAAUUGAAAUGAAAUUGUUUUAAUUAAUGGCAUAUUUUUUUCCAAAUCAAGUAGAAGAGAAAAUUAUGGAAUCAACAAAAAUAAUCGUAAUUAGUGAUUAUUUUGUUGCCGAGGCAUUGAGUUGAUCUGCCUUUCUUGAAGAAAAGCUUUAACACUCUUUCCUCUGUGGGAUGAUGCAUUUAUCAUCCUGAAAAAUGUCAUCACCACCAAACCUAUUUUCUAUCGAUGGAAUGAGAAAAGCGUCCAAAAUUUUCUUUGUUUCAUUAGAACGACACCUGACACAAAUUCCAGCAUCAUCUCCUUGGCCAGUGCAGUUUAAUGAUUCAUCACUGACUAUCACUUUCAUCCAGUCAUCCACAGUCCAUGAUUGCUUCUCUUCAGCCCACUGUAGCCUUGUUUUCUUCUGUUUAGGUGUUAGUGCUGGUUUUUAUUUGGCUUUUCUUUACGUAAAUCCCAUUUCGUUCAGCCCAUUUCUUAUAGUUCUGUCAUAAACACUGACUCCUGUUUCCAUCCAUUUGUUUUUCAUUUGUUUUGUUGUGCAUGCUCUAUUUUCAUAUUUUUCUGUCUUCCUUGGUCUACCCGUAUGUUUUCCUUUUAUAACACUCCCAGUUUGCUUAUACUUGCACCCAAUUUUAGACACAGCUGACUGGGAACAACCGACACCUUUUGCAAUGCUCCAUGUUGGAUUUCCUUCUUGAAGUUUUAUAAUCCUUCCCAUUGUUUCAAUUGACAACCCUCUUGUUGGGGCCAUGUUUCCUUUCAAAAAGUCCAAGGUUACGGUAUGUAAGCACUCUUUUAACUGCAGACUAAUUUGUGCUGGUAUUUUGUUUUAGAAAUGCAAAGUACAGUGUGAUUCCAUAUUUUUUUUCCUCAAGAUCGAGUGAUUCCAUCAUUUUUCCCUCUACUUUUCCUUUAGUGGAAAAAAAGCCAUUAAUUUAAAUAAUUUAAUUUAACUUGUUUGAGGUAUGUUUCACAAAGCCAGGAAAUUCUGCUAUUAAACAAAUAUUGUCAUAUCUAUGAUUUUGUUUAUUUGCUACAAAGUAAGAAAGCCGGGUGAACAUCCUCGAAGUGUAGUCAUUUUUUGCCAGAGGUUGAGCCUUUUGCAGUGUGUCAUGGAGAAAAGUGUCCAUUACUAAAUGUUUUUAUUCUCAUUGCUCAGAUUUCAUGGUCAUUUUCACACACGUAAGUUCGUUGUUCUGUAAUAUUUUUUUCCAAAUAUAUAUUGUGAUGAUCUAGUAUUAUUUAAGUCACCCAGUGUAAAUUUUCUUAACUGAUGGUGUAUGUUAAUGCAACAUUAAAAUAUAUGGGGUUACACCGAUUGCUUUUUAGUUUGUUUGACAAAAGUGCAUUCUGUCUGAGGACAUGCUGCCCAGCCUAUAGUGCAACAUUCCACAUUAAAAAAAAAAAAGUAUCAAAGAAAGUGAAAUAAAGAUUAUAUAUUAUAAAA